AAAAUGCGGAGAAAUCAUAUUGACAUCCCGAGGUAUGCAGUGGGUUGCAAGUAAUACGCAGGAAUCUGGGGAAAUGCGGGGUUUUGCGGGGGAAAUAAUUGAUGUGGAGUACAUACUAUAAAGGAGAGACCCUCGUCCACUUAUCCCCUCACAAUAAUAUUUUGUUCUCCCCGAUCUUACAUUUAAAAUGGAAUUAGGCCGAUCGACAUUUGGCAUUCCGACGGCCAGCUUGCUCUGCGCCGUCUUCUCCUGCAUCGGUGCCUUUCUACUCGGCUUUGAUACUGGCAUCUUUAGUACAACCAUCGCCCAUCCUAGCUUUAAAAUCUAUAUGUUUCACAACAAGCUUGGCAAUGCGGUUUUGACAGGAACUAUAGCAUCGACGUACACGGCUGGAACAGCAAUUGGAGGGCUUUCUUCCGGAUGGAUGGCAGAUCGAUUUGGAAGAAAGAGAUGCAUUGUUGGAUCCGCCGCUGUCGUCAUUGUCGGGACCGUUAUACAGACAGCUGCCAUAAACAUCGGUAUGAUCAUUGCUGGUCGAGUCAUUGCAGGCCUUCCAAUUGGAGUCCUACUAUCAAUAGUCCCGGUGUACAAUGCAGAGCUUGCCCUGCCCAAGUACAGAGGAAUGAUUGUUGGUCUGUUUGCUGCCAUGGCCUCCUUUGGUGUUCUCUGCUCGAACUGGGUCGGCUACGCAUGUUUUUUCGCAACUGGAAAUGCACAAUGGAGAAUCCCACUUGGCUGCCAAGCUCCGUUCGCAGUAAUCCUUUUCGUUGGGGGAUUCUUCCUUCCAGAAUCUCCUCGGUGGUUGAUAAAGAAAGAGCGGGAUCAGGAGGCAUACGAAAUUCUUAUGAGAGUCCACGGUAUGCUUGGAGAGGACUAUGUCAGUAGAGAGUUCACCCAAAUGCAUGAACAAAUCUCUAUCGAAGGCCAAGGCGGAUUUAGAGAGUGUUUCAAAACCCCCUCAGCACGGAAAAGAAUAGCACUUGGUAUAUUCAUAACUGUUUUCAACAAUUUGGGCGGAACACCAGUCAUUACCGCCUAUCAAUCGCAGCUUUUCACCCAGAUUGGAUUCCCAGGACUUCAGACACUCUUUUUCUCCGGGUUUUAUGGGCUCGCUGGCUUUGUCGGAGUCCUGGUAAACAUUGGCUUUGUGGCUGACAGAAUGGGUCGAAGAACUUCCAUGUGGAUCGGGGCAGUAACGUUGCUUAUCGAUUUAAUCAUUCUCAUGCCUCUUUCGAAACUAUACACCGGCUCCACGAACGAAGCUGGCAAAGCAGCUGCUGUUGCCUUCAUUUUUGUUCAUUCAUUUGUGUACUCCGUCUUCAUGUUUGGGACAGUGUGGGUUUAUCUCUCCGAGAUAUUUCCAACAAAGCUGCGUGCACAAGGAUUGGCCAUAUCCACAUUUUGGGGGCAGGUCAUUAGCGUCAUUCUUCAGCAGGUCGGUCUCCAGAUAUACAACGACAUUGGGUAUUUAUUUUAUAUCGUCUUCAUCGUAUGCACGGCAGCGGCUGGGUUUGUGUAUUAUUUUUUCUUGCCGGAGACGAAGGGUGUUACAUUGGAGGAUAUUUCGGCAUUCUUUGGUGAUGAGGUUGUGGCAACGCUCCACGAGCCCAAGGCGAGGAUUGAAAGGGUUCUUAAUAGGGCGGCUGGAUGUGAUGAUGAAUCAAGUGGUGCGCAGCAGGAAGAUACUCCAGCUACUCCCAAAGAAAGGGCAGUAGAGUUUGAGGAUGUUUCGCGUGUGUAAAAGAGGCACUGGGUGGGCCACGGACACCACCUAGGAGCCCACCAGUAUCUAUACACGUCGGCAGAGACCAAGUAGCAUGUAGUC